GGAGAAAGCGUAGCGGGGAAACUGAAAACGCAAACGGGGGGACAAUGGCGGCGGGGCCUGGUGUUUCUAUGCAGAGCGGUAGCCCUGCAAGAGAACUUUCUCUCUCGGUUCAGCAAGGGGGGAACCAGCCGCAUGGAGAUCGACCCAAACCCGAGGAGGUUACAGGUAGGAACAUAUCCCGGGGUUUAUUUUCCCCGUCUUGUCUUUAAAUUUCCUGUUAUGAGGUCCUGGCUCUCCUGAUUGGACGACUGAUGCUAACCUCGGCUAAUGCUAACUCAUAACCGAAUGGACAGCCUUUACACAUUAUUAUAAUGUUUGACAAGGAAAUUGGGGUAUUUUACGAACUCUUGCGUGCAAUUUCGACAGUUAACGUGAUUGAAAUGUGUAUAAUUGUCGAAAAGUAGUGUCGGCAAUGAGUAGUCAACGGCUAGUUCCUCGAAGUCAGUAAAUGGCUAACGUUAGUGUUAUCAAAUCUAACUUUGUAUGAAACACAAAAGUCACUAGAAGCAAAUAAUUGGCCCCCUCAAAGUUCAUAUUAUCACUUUUAACACAUGGGUUGCAUGAAGCUGAAAUUAAGGCCACUUACCAAACAAAAGAAAUAAGUUGGGGCGUCGAAGUUGUGACAGAUUUUGAUAACAAACAUUUCACCGUGAGUUUCUUCGACUUUCUGUAGGACCAAACAAUCUUUAACGCACCUGGGACUAAUUUUAUAGUUUUUUUAGAGGUCACGUGACUUGACUGAUUAACGUCGUCGUUUUGUUUUUAAAUUAUGUUAAGAUUUAAUGAUGCCACAACUAAAACACUCAGGAAAACAGUGAUUUUGGGGUAAAUAAAGACAGACUUUUGACAUAAGUUUCAGUGAAUCUUGCCAACAUUCAAAUAUAUAAUACUCUUGUGAUCAGGGGCUGACAGAUAUUGGUUUCUUGGGGCCUAUACUAAUAGCAGUUUCUGUGACUGGUAACCUGUAUUACAAACCAACAUGCAUUUGCAGUAGGAUGUGGACCAGGCUAGGCUACUGUAUAACUAGUUGUUGUAGAUAAAUGUGUACAAGAGCAAUAAAAGUGAGUUUUUAUUCCACAGGUCAUUAAAUUAAGCUGUAAAACUUCUAAAAGUUUCCUCUCAAGAAAAAGUGUUUGGUGGAACAGUGACAUGAGACGAGAGCGAACAGCCCAUUUUUUAAUCACUUAGUUUUGUUAAGAAAAGUGAAUUUUAACUUGGGAAGGUGGCGUACACUACUGACCUGCAAUAAGUCCUACCUUUAUGAUCUCUAUAAUUUUAUAUAUUGGAUUAGAAAUGUAGUUUAAUUUGGGGAGGGGUUGUUUUGUAGUUUUUAUGUGCCACACAAAAUGAAUCCUUUUUUUUUUUGUUUUUUAAACCUCUCUAUAUAUAAAAAGUUGUACAUCCAACAAAAGUUUCCUUUUUUAAGAGUGGGGAAAGUCUGCUAGGCCUGUUAGGCAGUCCCUGUAAAUAUGUUCCUUUUGUGAUAUUUAGAAUGAGUUCAGGGUAAGUAUUACUAUUGAAAUCCAUUUACAUUUGCUGAUCUUUGAAAACGUUUGAUAUUUGUGAAACUCAAAUAUAAAAUUGUAGUUUCUAUGACAUGAUGUUGGACCAGAGAAAGCUUCUCAAGUCAUACAUGUAAACCUGCGUAUUCAGUUGAAUGAGUUCUCUGUACAGUAGUGAGGAGGCAUGAAAUAUCUGAUUUUGGCUAUGGAUGUAUUUAACUAGCUGGAUGAGAUGUUUCACUCCUGUCUUAUGCAUCUUCUUUUUUUCAGAAGCAGAAAAGCAGAGUCGUAUGGCUGCUUUGUUGGAGAGGCUUCAUGCCAAACAUAAUGCCUCAAGGCCAUGGCAGGAGACCUCCAAGGUUGUGCGUCAGGCCAUGGUGAGACAGAGCCAUCCUACAUUGUGAAAAUGUACAAAUAGUCAUGACAGCUGCUUACUCCAGUGACAGCCUUUAAUACUGACACUCCUCCACUCCCACCCUUUCUCAUAUGACUACAGUUAGUGGCAUCCAAACACCAAAGUCAACUUCAUCUCUUCACAAGGCAGGAGUUACAGACGCUUAACCUGCUAUGGAAAUACUGCACUCGGCUUGAACUAUUUUAUUCAGGGAUUACUUAAAACUUGCAACCUGAGUAAAUCCUUGAACGCUUAUUUAAAAUCUGCACUACCAGCCUUGUGUCUUGGGAGAUGUGAAAGACAGUCCCUAAUUAUGUCACACUGAGGCACCAAAGAAAAAGUAAUAAAUAACCACUUUAAAAAAAUUAAUUGCAAGUAAUCUCUUGUUUCCCUUCAAAAGUUUAUGACUUUGAGAGCUUACCUGAACAUGACCUUUAAAUGCCUUAACUAUUGUGCUGGCUAAUGAAGUUUUAAAAUAAACACAUGAAAGUCAAAUUUUGUUUAUUAAGCACUUUGUCUUUUUCCAAACUAUUUUCUCAUUCCUCUGUUUUUCUUCACACUGUGUCUCAGGAGAAACGGGGCGUGAUGAACGCAGCAGGUCACCAGCUCCUGCUCACCUGCCUGGAGACCCUGCAGAGAGCGCUGAAAGGUGAGACUGUCAAUGCGAAGGACGGGAACACAGGGGACAGCAGGGCAGCGUUUUUCCAGUACAGCAUGUCAUUUUCCACCAUGUCCACUCAAAUUAACUGUUGAAUAUUCUAGUUUAUGUUAAUGGACAGUGCCAGUGUUGCCUACACGCUGGUGGUGGACAAACUAAUAAAACAAAGUUAUAUUCUUACAUAUCAUUUGACCUUUGCUCUUAAAUGUUAUGCAGACACAUAUGUUGUGUUUUCUUUUAUACCAUCCUAUUACAGUAGGAUUUAAAAUUGUUUUUUCUAACUGUCAAUUUUUUUUUUCAGUGUCAUCACUGCCCUCUAUGACAGAUCGUCUGGAAUCAAUUGCUCGGCAAAACAUGUGAGUUGUUUUCCUUUUGCUAAUGUUUUCUCAUUUUGAUUCAGGUGGUAAUUUUUAAUAGUGAAACAAACGCUUGUGUCUAAAUUCAGCUUAAAAUUGACACGAAACUCUCACCACAGCUCUACUUUGUUUUUACAUGGUCAAUUGUAAUCACAUUUUUACGUGACUCUUAGUUGUAUUCAAACCACUCUUAAUUUGACUAAAGUUAAACUAACGUGCUUAUUUUUUAAUUAAUUUUCUGUUUUCUCAACUUGUGUGUUCAGGCUCCGCUCACACCUCAGCCCAUCAGGGACAGACUGUUACAUCACAUCGGAUAUGUUUUAUGUGGAGGUACAGCUGGACACCGGUGGGCAGCUUGUGGACGUCAAGGUUGCUCACCAGGGGGAAAACCCUACGGUCAGUUGGAUUCUGGUUGCUGAGCUCUUGCAGAAUCAUUUUUAUUUCUAGAAUGAUUUCUGUACUUACAGAGAUAAAUGUGUAAUGUUUUUUCGUCUUUAAUUUUGUCUUUCACAGAGUUGUCCUGAGUUGAUUCAGCAUUUGAGGUGUGUUAGAAACCACACUGUACACUCCCAAUUACUGUAGUUUAGAGUUCUCAUCUCUGUUUUGUAGAAUGGAGCUCAGACAUGUGAGCAGUAAUUGUGUAACUCUUAUGGGUGUCUAAACCAUCUCUCCCCCACUUUUCAUCAGGGAGAAGAACUUUGAAGAGUUUUCUAAACAUCUGAAAGGACUGGUUGAACUGUACAAACUCCCAGGAGACAAGUGAGUAGGAAUAAGACGAAACUCCAGACAGCUCAUUCAUUUGUUUAUUUUAUUGACCUUUAUUGACCUUUGUAUUUUGAAGCCGGAUCAACAUUUGGUUCUUCGAAAGUCUUAGUCUUUUUACAGAAUGCUUAGAUAUUACAUUUGGGUAAAACAGCUAAAAAUUUUAUGUCAUGUGGAUACCACUUAAUUGAAAUUAUUGUUUUUUAUCUUAUAUUAAUUAAUAUGUUGCAGUAAGCUGAAAACCAAGAUGUACAUUGCACUGCAGUCUCUGGAACUCGAUCUAACCAAGAUGAUGCACAUGUUUAGGUAAGUCCCUCAUCUCAUCUGUAGUUUUUUUAAUUUAAGGGUUUGAUGUGAAGUUUGAAGCAAAUGCUGAAGGAGGUUGUAUCUAGCCAGGUACAAAUAAUGAUAGUAAUUGUAAUAAUUUUAUUUACAUAGUGGAUUUGGUUUACAAGUGGAUGCAGAGGGCUUUACUAAUGAAAACAAUGAAUCAAGUAACAGUCAAAACAAGACAAAUGAUUAUUGAAACAGGAAAAUAACAUCAAAAAGAGGGUUAAAGUCAAAGAAAAUUAAGAAAGUAAACAGAGUUCAGUGCUUCAGAUGAAGAGGAUAAGAGCAACAAGUCUAUCUGUCAAGUAAAAACCAGCCAACACAAGUAGGAGAUUUAAAAUAGCCCACUGAGUUUGCCUGCCUGAUAUCGUCAGAUGUGAAAUCCCAACUGCAACUGCCUUUAGGAACCAAUUACUCGAGGAACCAGUAGUAGAGCCUGCAGUCAAGCUCAUGGAGAGUUAGUAGUUCACAGAUAUAGGCUGUAGUCUGGCCACUCAAGCAGUAUAAAAUGAAUUAUAAUACUCACAGGUUGCCCGAGUAGAGCUCCCUGCAAAGAUGUGUGUCUUAUAAUAACCUCUCUGAAGAAGGUCUUGGCUGCAGUGUUUUGAAUUAAUUGCCAUUUUUAGAUGUUACCCUCGCUGAGAGUGAAAUAAAAUGAAUUAAAGAUGUAGCUUACAGUGGAUGUCAAAGGGUUUCAUGAAUGACUAUAACUUCAAAAGAAAAUGUGCGUGCAACUUUAAUCUUCUGAAUUACACUUCUAGAAACAGGGUAAUGGCAUCCCCUCGUUUGUUGUAUUACCUGUAAUGAGAGCAGCUUGUUAUUAAAUUCAAGUAGUUAAACUGCACAUUUACCUGGCUGGUAGCAUUAUUGAUCAUAGGAGUGAAAAGCCGUAUAUGCUGAACCACCUGUGUAAUUUCUUUUCUAGGUUAGCAACCAAUGCUAACACGGUAGAGACUAUCCUUCAUGGCAGCGUUGGAUUAUUAACAGCUCGAAGCGGUGGCCAUCUUGUUACCCUUCAGUGUUAUGUAUCUCCUUAUGACAUAUUUGAGGAGGGAACAGGCUCACAGCUCAACUUGACAGACAACAACGGUAAGUCCAGGAAGGAAGUGAAUGAACUCUUCAAUGCGAAAAACAAUUAUCCAGCAUUUGCCGAAGCAUUGAAAAUAUCACUGACCAUCCCUGUUUUGUCUCCCUGUGUCGACACAUGGAUUGUCUUUGUAGUUCCACGCUCUCUGGGUGUCAGCGUCUCGGUGACAAUUGAGGGAACCUCUGCAGUGUAUAAGCUCCCAAUCGCUCCUCUCAUAACAGGAUCCCACCCUGUGGACAACAAGGGGUAAAAACUGUGUCUUCCUUUUUUAGGUGUAGAGAUAGUCAUGCAAACAUGGGAGACUAUAUGGCAUGAGUAAACAAACAUUCAAAGGAUCCCCUAGUCUGAGAUUAGAAACAGUCAAUGAUUUAUUUUGCAUGAAUUUCAGGACACCUUCCUUUUCUAAUGUGACCAACUCCAACUGUGUGGACCUGCCAGCUUGCUUCUUCCUCAAGAUGAACCGACCAAUGCCUUUCUCGCUGUCCUUUAUUCAGAGAUUGGGAAAUGCUUCUUGUGAGUUCACUCUAUGAACAUAAAAUGCUCAAGUCCAGUUUUUUUCUUUUGAUAAAAGCACGCCUGUUUUUCUGAUGACAUGGACUUAAAUUCCCCUUUUUUUUGUCACAGCCAUCCCAGUGUUCGAGAGUCCCCCUAGCCUUUCGCCUCUCUACCAACUGAUUGUUCAGAGUCAGCUGCAGCUCCUUGAAGAGGGCAGCUCCUUGCCUCCUCCAACACACAAUAUGCACUUCUAUUCUGUGAGUUAAAGACAUUAUACCUCACUUUAAACCAUUAACAGUAUGACUCUUUGAAAUUACUUUAGUUCAGUUUAUGUAACCUGUGCUACAUACUAUUAUCAUUAUUGCCUUGUUAUAACAGAAAUGUUUUAUGUAUUUACUGACCUGCUAUUAUGUUAGCCUGCACCCUUUUUGCAUACUGUAAGCCAGCAUAAAAUCACAAUUACUGCAUUAUUGGGCACUAAUUUGUCUUAGCGGUUCAGAUGCAGGCCUCAUGUGCAGAAGCAGUCCUCUUGGUCCUGUUCACAGCAGUCUCUAGUUUGACUCCUGGCCACAGGCAUUUAUUGCAUGUCACCCCCCGCUCUCUGCUUCAUGCAGUUCCUGUCUUUUCAACUGUCCUGUCUAAUAGAGGCAAAUUGCCCUUUAAACGACUCAAAACAUUACUGCUUUCAUACAGAGCAGUUCUUCAAUGAUUAUGGCAGUUUUCACAGUCAGUACAGCAUUGUAAUCCAAAGGAAUGGUUAUGUGUUUGAAUACAGCUACAUUCAUUUUCUGUCGCUUGAUAAGAGGAAGAUAGAACAAGAAAUAAACAGUGAAUAUAAACGCUCGAUUCUGCACUUUUUAUGCUACCACAGGUAUUGCCUGAUCAGCAGCACUGCUACUUUCUUAACGGUGAUGCCCCAGUCCAAGAUGGUCAUUCUCUUCAAGGAACACUGGUUUCAAAGAUCCCCUUUCGCCAUCCAGCACAAGUGCCUGCCCUGUUGGAUAUCAUUCGGCACCAGGCAGCUUACAACAACUUGAUUGGCAGCUGUGUGAAACGAACUUCCAUCAAAGAAGGUGAGUGUCUUGCCAUGGAUGACUGUGUUUGGACAUGUAUUCGAUUUUAACCGUUUGAUAAGUGAAUUUUUGUUGCUGUUUAUUCAGACACUGCAGGUCUCCUGCAGUUUGAAGUGUGUCCUUUGACUGACUCCAGUUUCAGCGUCUCUUUCCAGCAUCCAGUCAAUGAGUCUUUAGUCUGUGGUGAGCACUCACAUUUAUAAAAUCAUACUUAUUUAGCAUUAAUAGGUAUCAAUACAAAAUAUUUUGACUGUUAGUAGUACAACAUCAUAUUUAUUGUGGAAUUAAGUCCGUUAUCAGUGAUACAAAUGCUAAGUGUUAUCUCUCUUUCAUCUUUUAGUGGUAAUGGAGGUAAUUGACUCCAGACAGGUAUCCUGCAAACUGUACAAAGGACUGUCAGAUGCCCUGAUUUGCACUGAUGAAUUCAUUACCAAAGUGGUGCAGAGGUGAGAUUGUAAUUUCCUCCUUCCUUUAUAAAUGCAUCAUUUCGUGUUUUUUUUCUGUUCAAUAACUGUUUUCUCCCCCUUAUAGAUGUAUGUCCAUUCCUGUGACCAUGCGGGCCAUUCGGAGGAAAGCAGAGACCAUCCAGGCAGACACUCCAGCCCUUUCAUUGAUUGCACAGACUGUGGAAAUCAUGGUUAAGAAUAAUCUGCCACCCUCUGGUAGUCCUACAUACAACAUGGCAGCAGGUGAAGGAGCUAACCCCAUGGGGCUCCCAGGGCUAACAGGGGGCAGCACACCUACAGGAGGAGGACCUCCUGGAGGACCUAAUUUUGCAGGUCCAAUUACUUCUUUGUUUGGGAUGUCCCGAGCAGACAGGCAAAGCCAGGGAGGGGAGUGUCCAACUCAAGGAGGGGUGGCUGGCCAGCAACAGUUGCAGCAACAACAUCAGCAACAACAGCCUGGUCAAGGCCACACAGACGACUACAACAAAGUGACCCAGAAUCCAAUUCUGACAAGUCUGUUACAGAUAACUGGGAGUGUGGGAUCAAGUCCAAGCUCUCAAAAUGCACCACCACCCCACCAGACACCACCACCCACAUCCUCCCCUGCCAGCAACACGAAAAAUCAUCCUAUGUUGAUGAACUUGUUAAAAGACAACCCCACACAAGAUUUUGCUACACUUUAUGGUUCUAGUCCGUUGGAGAGGCAGAAUUCUUCUUCUGGCUCACCACGGACAGAAGGUAUGGGUGGGACCUGCCCCGGAGGUACCACCAAAAAGAAUAAGAAGCGUCCUAAGGGUGCUGGGAUGCCAGGAGCUGCUGGAAGUGCUGGCGCAGGUACUGGUUUAGGAAUGAAACCGCAGCAGGCCUCUUCAAUGCCUCUACACCACCAGCACCAUCAAGUCACACAUGAGGAUGACUUCCACCGUGAGCUCCUUUCUAUGGAUGUGGAUGCAUCUCAAAAUUCUAUCUUUGAUGUUAACCUGGCUGGUGACGGACUAGACACACCCCAUAGCAUCACUCCAGCACCUAGCCAAUGUGGGACACCACCCUCUGGCCCCGGCAUGCCUUAUUCACAGUCUCAUGUCCAGUCACAGCAGCAGCAUUCACAAGGGGCUGUACCACCUCGUAUGGUCCGUCUCUCCAGCUCUGACAGCAUUGGACCUGAUAUCACAGAAAUCUUGUCAGAUUUGCCAGAGCAGACUGGGAAAGGCAGCCAUGGGCAGCACCCUAUUGGCAGUGGUGGGGAGGAUGGAGGCCCUCUAGGCACACCAAUCCGUGACUCCUCCAGCUCCGGUCAGGGCAGUGCAGUCUUUGACUCUGCAGACAUUUUUAACACCAACAGCAAUGAGAAUCCUUUUACUGAUGCUGCCGACCUAAUUGCUGAGGCAGCUGCCACUGCCGCCACUCCCACCAGUGAUUCUUCCUCUACCAACUUCUUUCCUGAUGCUGCUGACUUCAACCCUGACCUUCUGACUUCAGGCCAGGGCUUCUCUCAGAACUACUUUGAUGACAGCUCCCCAAGUGCAGAUGGAGACAUGGACCUGGUCAAAAGUUUUGGGGGAAGUAGCCAGCAGAAUACUCCAUCAGGAACACCUCAGAACCCAACACCACAUGGGCAGAGCACUCCAGAGCCCUCGUUAAAGGACCCCUUUGAUAUGGGGAUAGUCUUUGGAGGAAACAGUGGUGGUGGUAAACCACUUCUGGGACAAGCUCCUGAUUUGGGUGACACACAUGGUGGAGGGUCUCAGAGUCCCCUCAUUAUGGGUCUUGGUGAUUUUAAAAGUGCAGAACCCAAAGUCAAACAGCAGCAACACAUGCGGCCUAAGGAUGAGAAUGGAGGAAGUGGAGGGAGCAGUUCUGGGAUGGGAAGCAGCUCAACAGAGGGCAAACAGGUCAAACGUAGCAGGACCCCAUCCAGUGAAGGCAAGUCUAAAGAAAAGCCACCCAAACGCAAAAAGCUGGACCCUGAUGGAAAAUCCCCCUCUCACAGCUCAGGGGGACGACCAUAUACGCCACCCAGUGGUGGCUCAGGUUCUGGCGGAAGCAUAAGUGGAGGAGGCUCCAAAUCUCCUGGUAGUUCAGGACGCUCACAAACUCCUCCUGGUGGGGCCACACCUCCCAUUCCCAAAAUCACUAUUCAGAUUGCAAAAGGGACCAUUACUGGGGGUAAAUCAUCAUCCCAUAGUGGGUACACCUCCAGCAGUUCAGCCACAAGCAGCACAGGAGGGGCAGGAGGGUCCGGCAGUAGCAAAAGCCAUCAUUCUCACUCAUCUUCCUCUGGGAAGAUUAAGUCAAAGGAUGGUUCAACAUCACAAGGUGGAAGCUCCAAGCCUGGGAGCACAGGAAUAGGAAGUGGGCCUUCCCAGUCUAAGGGUUCCUCCCAAGGAAUGGGUGUUGGAAAACCAGGGUCCUCCCCUAUCACUAAGCAUGGACUGUCAGGGCCUGGAGGUAGUGGAGGUAGCCUUGGAGGCAAUAAAAUUAAGACACAGGGGGGUAAGCCUCCUGGUUCUCUUAUGAAUCCCAACAUUAAACCAAACAUAUCUCCUUCCCACUCCCGCUCCAGCAGCUCUGGAGACAAAAUGUCCUCCCCGAUGAAAAUGCAGCAGUCUCAGGUCCCUGGAACCCCACCCUCCUCCAAAGCAAAAUCACCUAUGGGCUCAGGAAGUGGCAGCUCUGGAGGCUCCAAGUCCUCUGGUGGAGGCAUGAGCUCUCAGAAGCAAAUGGGUGGAGGCUCCUCCUCUGGUUCCACAUCUUCCUCAUCAUCCUCCAGCUCCUCCUCCUCCUCCGGUUCCAUGAACUUUUCAGGAGGCUCACAGUCUCAGUAUGGUGGUGGAAGUGGAGGGGGAGGAGGGUCUGGGGGAGGAAGUGGAAGUGGAGGUGGUGGUGGAGGAGGAGGUGGCGGAAGCGGGGGUGGAGGUGGUGGAGGGGGCAGUCAAAACAAUGCAAAUAACCCCAACGCCAAAGGGAAGUCGCCAAGCCGGAACAAGAAACCCUCUCUGACAGCAGUCAUAGAUAAACUGAAAAGUGUCGGUGGAGGAGGUGUGGGGGAGGAUGGUUGUGAGGGAGGACCACCGGGAAGUGGAUCUGGGUCUGGAUCUGCUCCUGGUAGUGGUGGCCCUGGCAAUGUGUCUGGUAGUGGACCUUCAAGUGGUCCAUCCAAGCAUUCCUCGUCUUCUCAAAGUGGGGAGUAUAAGCGUGAAAAGUCAGAUAAAGAGGCAAAAGCUAAAGUUUCUGUGUCAGGGGGGAGCAGUGGGGAUAAAAAGAUAAUGGACCAGAAAACAGGAGGGGUGGGUACGACAGGUCUGGCCAAAAUCAUUAUUAGCAAACCUGAUGGUGGCUCACCAAGCAUCAAGGCUAAAGUGACGCUUCAGAAAGGAGGGGAAGGAUCAGGUGACUCCAUGCGUCCCCAGAUCUCAAGCCUCAAAGCCUCCCCCCUCUUUAGUGGUUCCACUCCCAAGCAUGACCGCUCCUCCCCAAGCCACAGCCGCUCACCCGGAUACACCCCUCUCAACCAUGACAGCGAGAGCGAGUCUGGGAGCAGCUCUGUGGCAGAGAAGUCCCAUCAGAACAGCCCCAGCUCUGACGACGACCAGGCCAUUCGCCCACUUCCCCCCCAGGACUACAUGAGUUCAAUUCCCCUCAGCUCAGGGGAGAAGCACAAGAAACACAAGAAGGAGAAAAAGAAGCAAAAAGAAAGGGAACGGGAGAGAGAUAGAGACAGAGAACGGGACAGAGACAAAGAAAAGAAGAAGUCCUCAAUGUCCAUAGGACAAUCCUCACAUCAGAUAAAAGCAGACAGUUGGUCCCGAUCACCCAUUUCUGCUUCAGAUUCAUCUUUGUCGAUGCUGAGUUCAGAGCGUCCAUCCCGGCCAAGUCCAAUGUACAUAAGAAAUGAAGAUGACGACCUCAUGGACUCUGCCUUAACUGGCAACCUUUAAUUUUUUAUACUUAAACAUUUUUAUUUCUUUUUUUUUUUUUUUGGCCCAACCAUUUUAACAUGCCUUUUAACAUAAAUAACAAAUGUGUAUUUAUUUAAUAGUUGCAGCUAAUUGGAACUGGAUAAAAGAAAUUUAUAGGCAUUUUAAUCAUUUACCUGUUUUAUGUAUGAAAAGAGAAAUUUCCUGUCUGGAUAUCAUAGCGGCGAGAUGGUUUAUCAUGCAAGGAUUGGGAUACCAGCUUCAUUUGACUGUAGUUGCUUGUUAAUCUUGACGUCAAACUUCUUUAAACUCCUUUAAGGAUAUUUCUUAUUUAAGCAUAUUUUUACAGAAAAUGAUAGUUUUGUGGUUCAGAUCAUGCCAUACUCUGGUAUCAUUGAAUGUUUUCCCUCUGUGUUAAACAAAUAAGCUGCUGUUGAUAGGUCAAUAUAGUCAGUAUUGCCUCUAAACAGUUUUUUUUUUUUCAGAACAUGCUUAUCAUCUGUGAAAAGAACAGAGUGUUGUAAAACAAGAAGCGCACAGUGUUAAGUUGCCCCCUUUUUUUCAGAUCUAAAUGGGAAGUUUUAGAUUUUUAUACAUUUUAAGCCGUCAAUGUGUGUAUAAUAGUGUAGGGAAAAAGGACUGAUCAAGAAUGGGUAUGAUGACAGUAGAGGUCAAAUGAAAGCUGGUGAUUUUUUUAACUGUUGAAGUUUUGGAGGCUUGAAAUAAAUAUUUCACAUCUGACAAACACUUUGCGUCUCACCUCUUUUUGCCUCUUUAAAAAAUCUUUGAAUCCAGUGGUGAAACACUCUUUCCAUAAAAAGUAUGUAAGUAAAAGUAAUCUAAAAAUAUAACAUUUAGAAUAGAUUUAAAUUACUUCUUAUAUUUCCAUAUUGGCUCAUCUACAAAGCUACACUAGGUGGCAGCAGUGGAUCAAGAUGCUACAGUAUUGGCAACAGAGCCUUUUUUUUUUUUCUUCACUGGACUAAUCGGUUCCAGAGGUGAUGCAAAAAGGUUAAACAGAAUUUCCCGCCUUAUUGUCCAGAUUUUACGAGAGCAGAAUUAUGAAAUCAUGACACAACUGGAACGAAUGAUAAAGCAAAAAGCCAAAGAUGCUUGUUAUUUUAAAAGGUCACAAGGACUGUUGAAACCGGUAACAUCUGAAAAAGAAAGCUCAAACCUCAGCUGUUCAAGGCAUAGCACAGAGGACCUCUCUGUUUGCAAGGUCUAAAACACCUCAGGCCAUAUUUAGAUAAAAAUUCUGCUUGGCCAAGGUCAUUGAUCUGUAAUUUGAUAUCUCAGGUUCAAAGCAACAGGUUAGUUAGGUUAGCAGACUUUUUUAGAGCGUAAAUUUGAUUCAGGUCAGGUGUAUACUUUUAUAGAUUAAAACAGGAACAAACCACAUGUGACAGCAAAGUCCCAAAAAAUACACAAUUUAAAUUCUUUCCUUUCCUGUUCUGUGAGUUAUUAUGUGGCCUUUCAAAUAUCUGGUUCAGUGGGGAAAAAUUGCCAGCAAGCAGUCUAGUUGUGAGUCAGCAGGGUAUAUUAUUGAUAAGACAGAACAAAAGGAAUUCAUACUCCCCUUCGUCACCCUUUAGUCCCAAAUUAAAGCCCUCAAUACCUUAAUGAUGCCCCCGUCAGCUGAUCUCCGGACCCAUCAUCUCAAUUUCUCCAGGUCUAUUCAGUCUUGUCUUAACUGCUUAGCUUACAAAAAUAAACACUGUCUAUUAAAACAGCCUCUCAGUAUGGAGUGAAAAACACAGCGCUCAGCUUUUACCAUGUGGUCGUAUCAGCAACUAUAUGUACCUUAACAGGCAGAGGCCACCGAGGGGCAGCUGUUUUUUGUUGUUGUCUGGCAUCUCAUUUUUAUCCAGUUCCCUCGGUGCUCAUUUAAAGAACCCCUUAGCAAGGUCAUCUCACCCUUUGUUGAGCGUAUGUAACAAAUUACCCCAAAGAUUUAUGCUAAAAGGUGUUACGUUAAGCUGAAUACAACAGAACAUUAAAGCAGAGUUAUUGUUAUUUUGACCCAACCUUUGUACAUUACAUAUUCUUUGUUGUCUUGCUUUUUGUCAACUUCACAUGAAUCUUAAUCCAUGUGAUGACUGUGAUUGACUUUGUUGACCUUGGCUUUAUUUACCUCGACCUCUAGAAGUCAAAUUAAGUGUUUUUUUUCUGCUGACUGACAAUGAAACCUUACAAGACAUCCAACAUAGCAUCACACACUUGGAUACACAUUUCAAAAAGUCAAUAAUUCAUGUGAGCAUUUUAAUUUGCCAGCUCCUUUCAGUCACACAGGAGUAGGAUGUUGUGAGCGAAAAGGCCAUGGGGGGGAAAAUACACCAGACCGAGGUGUUUUCAAACAUCUAGAUGCAUGUCCUCUCGCUGCAGGCAUUUGACUACAGGAAAGAUGUUAUUUGAUCUGAGUAUAUUUCGCCUUUAGCUGUGGAACCACCUUAUGUUAUUGUGAUGCUUUCAUUUUAAAGUUUUAUGUUUCUUCUUCCCUACAAACUCCUAAAGAGAUACCCUCAACCUCUUUAAUAUCAGUUUACAAAUUCCUGUCACCACUUUUCAAACAAUUUGUCAAAUUCCAAGAAAAUAAAAGAAACCCAGAGGCUGCAGGCCCCUGUCCCCGAAGCAUCUUGGCUCCAAUUCCCUGUCAACUUUCUUAAACUGCUGACCCACGCUUUCCCUCAGCACAGCUAAUUUCUCCAUUGUCAGUCCUGUCACUCAAAUGCUCUGCCUGGCUUCACACUGAGUCUUAUGCUGCAUGGUAAAUAUCCACAUCAUUCCUGCUUCCGCUUCGCUUCAUGAUGUGCAUCUUUGUUGACUUUUUCUCCAACCUUUUAGGCCUAUGAAAUUUCUGUGCAAUUUCAGAUCUGGUCAGACAAUUUACUUUAAUAAUUGCUUUGAUGAAUUUCCUUUGAGUGUUAUUGUUGUCAUUGUGAGUUAUAUAAUGCUUUUACACUUUAUUUCUGUCAAUUUUAGCUGGUGAUUUAUGAGCUUUUAUGUGUUUGAGGCCAUACUAGCUGCAUGAUCAUGUUAAUCAGCACAGCGUUCUUGGUACAGACUAGAAUUUAUCAAGAAUUUUAUAGUGGAUUUCGUUAAACUUCUCACAAAAUACCAUAAAGGCAUCCAUGGCUGUCACCAGAUAGGUUUAAGACAUUUUGAUGGGUCAUGGAUUUUUCUUUAAAAACUUUUUGAUGACUGAAAACUUCUUAUGAAUCCUCAGACUACCUUGUGACCCUAGAAGGGACUCCUCUGAAUUAGAAAAGAUCUGUGAGGUAUGUCUCUGCAUGCAUGGGCUGGGUUAGCUAUAAUGCUGUUUGUAUUCAAAACUAGUCAACCAGUGAUGAAAUGUCCCUUAUAUAGUGUACAGAUGUGACUAAGGCUGUGAAUAUCUCCUUUACAAAACUGCUCAAGAUGAAUCUCAAUUCAAAGGUUAUGAUCAGAAAUUAAAUAUAGAAUAAUUGAGUCAAAAGGCACAAACAGUUUUCCAUGCUAUAAGAGUCAAAGUAUGAUCUUAACAGGUUGUUGUUGCUGUAAACACUCAGGCUCAUGUGUUUUUAAUUACAGCUACAGGUACAAUUUGUCUGUUUUUAGUGACUGUGAAGCGAAUGUAACUAUAUUUAAUCACGGCCAAACAUAUGGAAUGACAUCCCUCUAAUUUUGAUAAUUUAAAGGGUAUUUUCUGCUAUUCUGCAUUUUUUAUCUUAUGAUGUGACAUGUUUAUCAUCACUGAUUUAUUUUGUUCAAAGUAAGGAGAUGAAACUGACAAAAGCAAUCAUAUCUAAAUUAUGUUAUGGUUAACCUUAAGGAAACUAUCAUUUAACAUAUUACAGAGAUACAACAGAAAAAGUCAGUGUAGUCUGUACAACUUGAUUGCAGUAGUAAAACAGACAUAAGUAAUAAUUACUCCAAUAUGUACAUUCUCAUAAAUACAUACUUAUUAAUAAACUCUGACAUUUUGUUGGGAAAAUUUAGUUGAAUUUGUUGAAAAAUCAUCGAUAGUUGUAGUGACUAUGCUGACCUGAAUUUUAGUCACGGUCUGGGUGCAGGAGUGAGGUGUUUUUGACGUGCUUCUAGUACAAUCCAAUGUCCAAUCCAAGGUUGUUGUAGAGUUAUAUUUUUGCCAUUUAUUAAUUAAAUGAAAAACAAACCAAACAAGACAGAUGCGUCCGACUUACGACAAUGGUGAUGUGCGUGAUGAGGGUAAAAACCGUGUGCUCUUCCCGUUCCCCAGAUCCCUGCUUCACCUGA